AGUUUAAAGGGUGUCCGAGGGGAUGUUACUGUAAAUGGCGAAGAAAGGCGUUUGGAUAGUUUCCGAAGAUUGUCUUGCUAUAUCCAACAAGAUGAUCGUUUGCAACCGUUGUUAACAGUGGAUGAAAACAUGCACGUUGCUGCGAAUCUCAAGCUCUCUAUGGACAAGACUCAAAAAUAUAAAGAUGCUGUGGUGAACGAAAUAUUGUCUACGCUGGGUCUUGAUAAAUGUAAGGCCACUAGAACCGCGAGAUUAUCCGGUGGUCAAAAGAAAAGACUUUCAAUAGCUCUAGAACUAAUAAACAAUCCAAUGGUCAUGUUCCUAGACGAACCAACGACAGGCUUAGACAGUUCUUCAUGUUCUCAAUGUAUAUCACUUCUACGAUUAUUAGCUCACCAGGGUAGAACCAUAAUAUGCACAAUCCAUCAACCUAGUGCAUCACUAUUCCAGAUGUUUGAUCAAGUAUAUAUUCUAUCGCAAGGCACAUGCUUGUACCAAGGAUCUACUGGAAAUUUAAUACCAUACCUCUCAAAACUCGAACUGCCCUGUCCCAUCUAUCACAAUCCAGCUGAUUUUGUGAUCGAAUUGGCUUGCGGUGAUCAUGGAAACGACAAGAUCGAAAAAAUGGCAAAAGAAAUUGAAAAUGGGAAGUGUUUAACAUGGACGGGACAUUCUGAUUUGCUAGCCAUCAAUAAUGACGCACCUUUGGGUGGACCUAAAAAAAUAUCAAAAGAGGUGGAUGUCGUUCAUGAAACUUCUGCUUAUAACCAAUUGAAAUGUUUGUURUAUCGGGGAAUUUUAAAAUGCAAAAGAGAUCCGGAUUUGACUUAUCUACGAAUAGGUGUAAAUAUAAUAGUAAGCUUAUUAUUAGGUACACUAUUUUUACAAAUUGGCGAUGACGGCAGUAAAAUAUUUGAUAACUAUAAUUUACUUUUUUCCCUUCUCAUGCAUCACGUUGGAUCAACAUUGAUGUUAAAUAUCAUUAACUUUCCUGCUGAAAUCUCUAUAUUGACAAAAGAACAUUUUAAUAGAUGGUAUUCAUUAAAAUCAUACUAUAUCGCUACGAACAUACUUGAUAUUCCAAUAACGACACUUGGCUGUUUGAUAUUUUCCGUAAUCAUUUAUUUAAUGACAGGACAACCAUUGGAAUGGAAUAGAUUUGGCAUGUUUACAUUCAUCAGUUGGUUGAUGGUUCUUAUUUCUCAAAGUUUGGGAUUCAUUAUUGGCGCUUGGUUUAGCGUUAUUAACGGCAACUUCGUUGGCCCCAUUAUCGUCGUUUUGUUGAUGGUGUUCAGUGGCUUUGGCGUGAAUCUCCGUGACAUUCCAUAUCUAUUAAAGUGGGGAACRGAAAUAUCAUUCUUGAGAUACGGAUUGGAUGCAUUGGUCGCAGCUAUCUAUGAUAAACGUGGCAUUUUGCCAUGUUACUCGUUGUAUUGCCAUUACAAAUACCCAACGAAGUUUUUGGACGAAGUUGCAAUGACCACUGAUAAAUUCAACUACGAUGUAUACGCGCUGGUCAUAACGCUGCUGAUCACUAGGGUAGCUGCAUACUUUUUGCUACGACUUAGAGUCAGAUCCAGAGUGUCAUUAUAAAAUCAAGCUUACUUCUUUGUAUGAAUACAAUUAACCUACAUAAUAAUAUAUAAUUUAUAUAUACCUAUUGUUGUGAAUUUGUCUGAAACAUUUUAUGUAU